GAGGACAGGAACCAGGAGGGCACUGAUUGCAAAUACGGAAAUACAGUGAGAGCAUCCGCGUCGUUAUAUUUACCUUUCAUCUCAGGCAGUUUAAGAGUUUGUGAUUAAAAGGAGACUGUGCACAAAGCACGUAUUUUUUCCCCCCGCUCUAUGGAUUUGUUGUCGCUUCUGUCAUGGGCCUGCAUCGUGUUCACAGUCGGGAUGUUCUCGACUGGACUGACCGACCUGAAAAAGAUGCGAGAAUCCAAAAGUACAGACAAUAUCCAGUUUCUCCCUUUCCUCACCACGUGCCUCAAUAACCUUGGUUGGAUGUAUUAUGGGAUUCUGAAGAGAGAUCAGACGAUUAUCCUGGUCAACAUCAUUGGUGCUCUUCUCCAGAUACUUUACAUCAUCAUGUACUUCCGCUACACGAAGCAGAGGAGGUUAGUGUCCUCCCAGACCCUUGCAGCAGGGAUUGUACUGAUCUGCGGUUGGCUCUACUUCACCAUGUUUCUUACUGAUGGAGACAUUCGUCUCAGCCAGCUGGGACUCACCUGCAGCGUGGUCACCGUCAGCAUGUACCUGUCACCGCUCACCGACCUGGUAGAGAUCGUGCGUAGUGGUAAUGUGCAGUGCUUGUCCUUCCCUCUGACUGUAGCCACCUUCUUCACUUCAACCUCCUGGGUCUUCUACGGCCUUCAGCUGAGCGACUACUAUAUUGUGGUUCCAAACACACCGGGUAUUUUCACUAGCCUCAUCAGAUUUUAUCUAUUUUGGAAAUUUGCGUCAGUCAAUCAAGGUUCGCCUUCCUACAAACCCGUGCACAUAUGAUGUUGACAGUUGAAAAAUUCAUCUUCACGGAUGGACGGUUGGCAACAAAGCUUUAGAGUUACAUGUUGGAACAAACUCAGUGAGUGACUCGACGUGUAAAGUGUUUUGUUUACUUUUUGGGGGGGAAGAAUAAUGUGGACUUUUACUCAGCUGAGAGUAAAUUUCACGAUGUCUUUAAUAUGAUUCAACUGUUACUGUUCUGCGGAU